CUCUCAUACAAACUCCAUGAAUCUUCCUUCCUAGUUCCUUACCAUUUGUCUUUGGGUUGACCCACCACACCCACAUCCCCAUAUCUCCAACACCCCCCUAACUUUUUCUAAUUACAACCCACAAAAUUAUCAAACACAACAACGAACAUCAACAUUUCUAAUUAUAAUAUUAUUCACUCAUCACUUCCUCAAACUUCCUAUAUAUAGCCUACCCGCAAACGACUCCCUCUUUCAUAGCACUCUCUUUCUCUCUUAACUCUUUUCUUCUUUUUCUUGUAUCAUAUCAUAUUAGUCAAAUACACCUGCUUUCCUCAGCUAUCUAUAUCUCCUUCUUGAUCGAAAGGAAAAAAAGAAACUCAAAAAUGGAAGGAAGUUGCAUAGAUGAGAUCAGCUCCAGUACCAGCACGGACUCUAUCUCUAUUUCCCUGGCAACACUUUCGCCUUCCCCGGCUACCAAGUCCCCUGAGAGUCUAUGCCGGGUGGGAAGCGGCACUACCAGUACCAUCUUAGAUUCUGAAAGCGGCAUCGAAGCCGAGUCUCGAGGAAAGCUCCCGUCUUCGAAAUACAAAGGAGUUGUCCCCCAGCCCAACGGCCGCUGGGGUGCCCAGAUUUACGAGAAGCACCAGCGAGUGUGGUUGGGCACUUUUAACGAAGAAGACGAGGCCGCCAAGGCCUAUGACAUCGCGGCCCAACGCUUCCGUGGCCGCGACGCCGUGACGAACUUUAAAUUCUUGGCUUCUGCGUCGACGACCGAAGAGGAUCAUGACAUCGAGACCGCGUUCUUGAACUCCCAUUCCAAGGCCGAGAUCGUGGACAUGCUCAGGAAGCACACGUACAAUGAUGAACUGGAGCAAAGCAAGCGUAACCUCGGCUUGGACGGCAAUGGCGGAAAUAGGUCCAAAGCCGAGGGCCUCCUCUGUAAUCCUUUCGGUUCAGGCAGGGCUUUCAAAGCGCGUGAGCAGCUUUUCGAGAAAGCUGUUACUCCUAGCGAUGUCGGCAAGCUGAACCGGCUUGUGAUACCGAAGCAACAUGCCGAAAAGCACUUCCCCUUACAAGCCGGAAGCACUUCCAAAGGGGUGCUUCUGAAUUUUGAGGAUGUUGGAGGCAAAGUGUGGAGGUUCCGGUACUCAUAUUGGAAUAGUAGCCAAAGCUAUGUGCUCACGAAGGGUUGGAGCCGGUUCGUAAAGGAGAAGAACCUCAAGGCUGGUGACAUUGUUAGCUUUCAGCGCUCGACCGGACCGGAUAAGCAGCUUUACAUUGAUUGGAAGGGGAGGACGGGGAGUGGGGCAGGUGUAGUUGGGUUAUCAAACCCGGUUCAGCCGGUUCAGAUGGUGAGGCUAUUUGGUGUCAAUAUUCUGCAAGUACCUGUGGUAGGGGUCGUAGAGAGUACCAUUAUUGGGGGCUACCAUGGGAAGAGAACAAGAGAGAGGGAUCUCUUGGCAUGGGAAUGUAGCAAGAAACAAAGGAUGCUUGGAGCUUUGUAACAUUUACUUUGUUUUUGUCUUCUUUUUUUUUUUCCCCUAUGGAGUUCUGGCAUUUUGUGAAUGGUGCAAGGAAGGGGAGUCAUGAGGUGUAGUUGUCCAAGUUGUGCAUGUUCCAAGUUGCUUGCUAAAGGGGAGUUGUACAUUACAAAACAAGAGGCUGAAGAAAGCUGAAAUUAGAUGCAACAAAGUUUACAAAACCUCCCAAAAAAAAAAAAAAAAAGAAAAAAAAGAAAAAAAAGAGAGAGAAUGGAUUAUUAACUAUCAACUUGUUUGUGUUCAUGGUUUUGGAUUGGACUACCUGAUCAUGUUAAUCCUCAUUAGCUUUUUUGUAGUUUGUGCUUGGUGGCAUGGCAUUGUUGCUUUCCCAAAAUAUCUCUAUGUUGACAAAUGGUGCUCUUCAUGAGAGGAAAGAGAUCAGGGUAAUAGAUGUGGAAGGAACCUUUAAUUUGCUCCCAAAAAGAGGUCGGCUAUUGGGUUGGAAAGUAAAAUAUAAAUGCAAACAAAAAAAAAAAAA